GAUGUUGUGUAUACUGCAGAGUUUGAUCAUUCCCAUCACGUGUGUCUUUUGGUAGUGCCAGGAAUUUUCCCACACACUAGCAACCAGUCACUUUUCUUCUUGUCUGGAGAAGACAUCGUUGGGGAUUAUUGCGAAAGGGAAAACUUUGUGGCUGGCCUUAGACCAAUCCCCUAGUCUUGCCCUUCCCUCGGUUGAUGUAUUGAUACAAGGCAAGGUGUACACGUCUGGCCUGAACUGAGUUCUCAUCUCUACCCUCAGCAUCAUCAUCAUGUCGAGCUGCCUCUUCCUCCUGAAGGCACUUCUUGCUCUUGGGUCUGUGGCAUCCUGGGUGACUGCAGGAGAGCAUGUGCUCUGAUUUUAUGGCAGGGUUUGGCGGUGAAUGUCCUGCAGACCCCCUUCCGUGUGAAGAGCUGUGUGAUGGGGACGCAUCCUGUCCUCAGGGACAUAAGUGCUGCAGCACUGGCUGUGGCCAUGCCUGCCAUGGAGACAUUAAGGGAGGGCGGGGUGGCGACUGUCCAAACAUUUUGGUGGGCCUGUGCAUUGUCAGCUGCAUGGCGGAUGAGAACUGCCCAGCUGGGGAAAAGUGCUGCAAGUCAGGCUGUGGCCAUUUCUGUGUCCCGCCAAUCCUGCCACCCCAGCUGGCCCUGAACCCCAACCGGACCAUGAGGUCUAAUUUUGAAUUAGAGAGCCCGGUGCCGUAGCUGUCCUGAUGUGUCCUGAGUUUCUUUGGUGACUCCAGGGGGCUUGUCCUGGUAGCCAGGAGAGGAUGAUGUCCUGGGGCUUGUGACACCCCCAGGGACUUUCAUUGCCCUCUCUGCUCUGUUUCUGUUCUUGCUGCUGCCCUGACCGUAGGAAACCCAGCCCUGGGCUUGGAAAGUGGGUGUGUGGUGCUUCUUUUCCCCAAUAAAGGCUGA